AUGCUAAGGCAAAUAAUAACGCUGCUAUUGGCUCAAUUUGUUGCCAUAUUCAUUUUCUGCUGUGGAUUUUUCCCCCAAAAGAAUGUUCUCAAAGGUAACGCAGAUUUUAUUAUAGAAUCAUCUAUUCAAACUCAAUCCAAACCAGUAUUCGAUAAAUUCGUAUUGAUUGUCGUUGAUGCAUUGAGAAGUGAUUUUGUAUUUGAAGAAUCUAUCUCAAACUUUAAAUUUGUCCAUUCGUUGAUUAAUGAUGGUGAAGCAUGGGGAUUUACAGCAUAUUCAAAUCCACCAACAGUUACGCUGCCGAGAUUGAAAGGUAUUACUACAGGUUCAACUCCUAAUUUCCUCGAUGCUAUCCUAAACGUUGCUGAAGAUGAUUCAUCAUCCAAUUUGAAAGAACAGGAUUCAUGGCUUAAGCAAUUUGUUAGACAGGGGAAAAAGAUGAGAUUCUUUGGUGACGAUACGUGGCUCAAACUAUUCCCAUUAGAUUUCUUUCAAGAGUACGAAGGGACCAACUCUUUCUUUGUUAGUGAUUUUGAACAGGUAGAUCUAAAUGUUACUAGACAUUUACCCCAUCAAUUGGAAACUCAAAAAGACUGGGACGUAUUGAUACUACACUACUUAGGAUUGGACCAUAUUGGUCACAAGGGAGGUGCUAGAUCUGUCUUUAUGCCUGGUAAGCAUGCAGAAAUGGAUUCAAUUGUUAAAAAUAUCUACGAAAACGUAGAUGAAAACACUUUAGUGUGUGUAAUGGGAGAUCAUGGAAUGAACGAAGUUGGUAACCACGGCGGUUCGUCUCCAGGAGAAACUUCAUCUGCUCUAGUUAUGAUCUCAAAGAAAUUGAAACAAUUCCAACCUCCAUUACAUCAGAGAGAUGUACACUUACCAAUAACUACACAGUUCCAAGAUGGUGAAGUAAAUUACGAUUAUUUGACCAAAGUUCAACAGGUAGAUUUUGUUCCCACUUUGGCAGCAUUAUUUAAUAUUCCCAUUCCCAAAAACAAUGUUGGUAUCAUAAUUCCGGAUUUCUUACAACUGUUAGACAGUAAAAUGGCUGCUAUAAAGGUAAAGGAUAAUUUUAAUCAACUUGCGUCUCUUUUGGGUCGUACUUUAGAAGUCAAAAACGAAUCCAUUAAUGAAGAAUUUGAACAAAUGAAAGAUCUACAAGAAGUUUUGACUAAAUCUGCAACCAAUUACAAGUAUCCCAUAUUAGCUGCAGGGUUCGGUUUGUUGACCGUACUAACCGCUGUAGCCCUCUGGUAUGGAAUCUCUAUUAUGCAAUUGAGUAAAUCUAGCCUUCUUACGAUUGUGCUCUCACUACUACUUGGUAUCGCGACAUUUAGCAGUAGCUUUGUAGAGGAGGAACACCAAAUUUGGUGGUGGGUAAUUACUGGUGCCUUACUUUUGUCACAGUUGUACUUGCGUAAGGCUCUCGGAUUGCAUUUUGUUUGCUUUGUCUGUGUAAGAUUAAUUCGUGGAUGGAACAACAGUGGUCAAAAGUACACUUAUGAUAAUACUAUUUUCGAAUUGUUAAAAGCUAAUCCAGGUGUACAAUGGUACUUAAACAUCUUAACCAUUUUUACAGUGGGUCUCGGAGGUAGUCUAGGAGAUCGAUUAUCGUUUAUCCUUUCUUUUUCCCUAUGUGCAUUGUGUGGUAGUUAUAAAAUCAGUUGGGCAAUCGUUAACCGUGAAGAUGUACCAUUUUGGAUGCAAGAGCUUGCAUUCAAAUCGUGCCUCUUUUUUACCAAGGAGCACACUAAUCCAGAAGAAGUGUUUGGCAAGGCCUUAGUUCCCAUGGCACAAUUUUUCUUCAAAUAUUUCAUUGCUUGUUUGGUGGUCAAGAUCAGCGCUUCCAAAAUAGGAGUCUGUAAAGCUAAUCUUUUCAGUAUGCUUUCAAUUUUGCUCAUGUUCCAAUCCCCAACUGCCAAUAUUCCACUUUUUUUCAUCUUCGAAGUACUGAGAGCUGCUCUUUCCCGUCUUUUCACAGAUUACUAUGGAUCUAACACCUACUUCGUUUCACUAUCGUCAUUGUUAUUACAGUACUUCACAUUUUAUCAAUUUGGUGGUACAAAUUCAAUUGCUUCAAUUGAUCUCUCCAAUGCUUAUAACGGUGUUCCUGAAAACUACAACAUUUACCUCGUUGGAUUCAUGAUGUUUGUAUCCAAUUUUGCACCUACAAUUUAUUGGUCACUUUACAAAUCGACUAUACCUCGUCCUGAGAGCCGCAAAUGGAUACUAUAUGCUGAACAAAAGAUUCCAUUCUUGAUUUUCAACUGCGUUGUAGGAGUUUUCCUACUUAUUGCGUGCUACGUCUUCAGAUUCCAUUUAUUCAUCUGGAGUGUUUUCAGUCCCAAACUGUGCUAUUUCGUAUCUUGGAAUAUUUUUAUGAAUAUUAUAAUUGAGUGUGGAUUAGAAUCAAUAGUCUGGGCAGUUGGAAACUGA